CUUUAUUUAAAGAAAACUAAGUAAAAUACAUUUCUGGUCACUUAUUUUAAUUACGUUUGAAUUAUUCACGGUUUUUAUGAUUAUUUUGUGCAAUGUGACUGUUAAUGUUUUGGUGAGUGGUGACCUCUGUUGGUUUCUUUAAAACAUGAAUAUGUCUCUGCUGGGUGGAAGAGCUGAACAUCAUCGAGUCAGGAGUCAGGACUGAGAGAGUGAAAUCUACAUCACAUUGAACUUCCCUCCUAAAACCCAUCUUGGCAUCCGGAGGGUGAACACUGUAAACACUGACAUAACAAAGAAUCGAUGGAAGAGGUUAAUGUAAACAAACUCGACAUCAUGCCUUGUGCUGAGCAGGAGGACCAGGGGAAUCAUGUGCCGCCCCUGAGGAUCAUGCUUCUUGGGAAGAGCGGGGUCGGCAAGAGCUCGAGUGGGAACACCCUCAUCGGAAAACAGGUGUUUCUAUCAGACAUGAGGCUGAAGAGAGUCACUCAAUACUAUGAGGCGGGUAGCGGGACAGUCAAGGAUGUUCCCGUCUCUGUGAAAGGGGAAACAAAGGAUGUGCCUGUCACUGUGAUUGACACUCCCGGACUUUUUGAGACAAACCGCAACAAGGAGGCACUAGUGCGGGAUAUUCUGAAGUGUGUCAAACUCCAGGAACCAGGACCUCACGUUUUUGUGUUGGUUGUCCCGGUAGGAAGGAUGACUCAGGAAGACGAAGACACCAACUCCCUGCUGGAGGAAAUGUUUGGCCCGAAGAUUUGGGACUACACCAUCGUGCUGUUCACCCAUGGGGAUCGUCUCGAAGGUAAAAUGAUAAACGGCGUCAUCACCGAGAGUGACGACAAACUCCGCAACUUCCUACGAAAGUGCAGCGGUGGCUUUCACAUCUUCGACAACAAGAACCCGCAGGACCAGGAACAAGUGAUCAGCUUCCUGGAAAAGAUCCAGACCUUGGUGGCCCUGAAUGGAGGGCGACAUUACAAAACAGAUCUGUAUCCAAAGCAGGAGAGGAAGAUAAGAGAAAUACAGGAGAGCAUCCUGGCAGAGAGAGCUAAGGAGAUAUGUGCCAAAGAGAAACAGCUGAGAGAGCAUUUGAGGGGGGAAGACCUGGAAAAAGGCUUGAUCGAGAUGUGGAGAAAAGAAGAGGACAGAGCAAGAGAGGGUGCAAAGAAAUACAUCCGUAAGAAUUCCUACUAUUGGACUUUCAUUCUCUUCCUGGUAGGAAUAGCACUGCUAUGUUUCUGUCUUCAGACACCAGUUGUGUUGACUCUGGUGGUAUUUUUUUUUUUGAUUGUGAUUUUCCUCAAGAAAUGGUUUAUUCGUUCAGCUAUAUCAGGAAGAAAUCCACAGCUUUUUAAGAAAAAGCAAUAGGAUUGAGUGUGUUUUGAGAUAGUGAAGCUCAUCCAGAAUGCAGUUGCAUGAUUGGUCGCUCACUUGCUCACUUGACCCAGAAACCGUUCAACAAAAAUACACCUGUUUGCUAUCCUGACUUCAAAAUGCUGGAACGAUUUCCCAUUGGCAUCAGGACAGCAGGAAGUCUACACAUCUUCUGUUGCAAACUAUUUCCACUUCACCUACGCUUAACAAGGAUUAAGUUAAAAAAAAAAGGGCGCAGAGAAUCAUAUACACGUGACUUCCUACAUUUACAUUAGAUAAAAAACAAAUAAACCAGUAUUCAGAAUUUGAAACGGCAUAUUCAGAUUUUGGCCAUGUGUAUCAUUUUCUGAUAAAUAUGUGUGAGAAAUGACCAUAUUUAUCAAGUUUUAGUUGGUGAUGUAUUUAGUGAAUUUGGAAUAUGCAUCUUAAUAAGGGAUUUUUACCGCUUUUGCGACUGAUUGGGGCGGUGGUGGCGAAGUCGAUAGGGACUUGGCUUGGCAACUGGAAGGUCACCAGUUCAAGUCCCGGCAAGACCAAGUGCUACCGAGGUGUCCCUGAGCAAGGCACCGUUCCCUACACUGCUCCCCGGGCGCUGUUCAAAAUGGCAGCCCACUGCUCCUAACACUAGGAUGGGUCAAAUGCAGAGAAACAAUUUCCCCACGGGGAUUAAUAAAGUAUAUCAAACUAUCAAACAUCGCAGCGGCAGCUUUUUCAGAAGGUGGUUGAUCAAAGAGGGACUUGCGUUCAACUGGUCGAUACAAGGGCCCCACCACUCAUUCAGUUAAUCGGAAUUGAAUAUUAAUCCUAACUAUUGCAAGAGCCGAGUAUAAUGACCAAAACUAUAUAUGUUGUGUUUGUUUAAAUAUUCAUUAUCAGUGGGUUAAUUUAGUUAUUAAGUCUCUAAUGGAUGUUCAACUAUUGCUCCUGAUUUUUCUUUCAGUUUUUUAAACAUGUUUGAUUUUUCCCCCUGUGCUAUCACAUAUAACCUUAAAGAGAGCUAGCUAAUCAUAUUAUGUUUAAAGUGGUAUUUCGUGUCAAAAAUAACUUCUUGGUGUUAAAUCUGGGUGUUUUGUGAUUAAUGCAGUGUGCAAUGUGACUGUAAAUACGAUGGGAUGGCGACCUCUGGUGGUUUCUUUAACACAUUAACAUGACACCGGACCAGUCAGUUUGAGUCAGUUACUUAGUUGUUUCUGUUUACUUUCCUCUGUUUUGGCACAGCAGUGGUAAGACACUCUUUUCUGAUUUCAUUUUGUCAAUGCUUAUUCUGGUGAUUUUCUUUUUUUUAACAAAUGUUCUGAUUUCACGUAAUACAUUUUUGUAAAAAAAUGUACAUGGACAAAAUAAACAGACAUACUUUCAGA